AUGCGUUGGUUCCUCGUCGCGCUCCUUUCGUUGGCGUCCCUUGCCCAGGCCGACAUCUACGCCAGCUGUGGUGGCAUUGGCACACUUGGUGGUGACGGCCUCCUUCCUGGCCUCGUCGGGCUGCUCACCGGCACCCUCACCACCCUCGUUGGCACCACGCUGAGUGGCGCAUCUUGCCGCAGCAUCUGCGCUCAGCAAGGUUACAAGUUCAUGGUCUACGCCCAGGGCAUCGACGUCACCGCCCUCUCACUCAACCUCGACAGCACCCUCGGCUCGUGCUACUGCGACAACGAGGGUCUUGACCGCCGGGCGAUCAUGGAGGGCGCUGGUGCUACUGGUGCUUGCGACACCUCCAUCCUCAACCUGGUUGGCGUCAAGGCCGAGUACAUUGCCGCUACCGACCUCGUCUUUGGCGGAUGCUACGCCACCAACCCCACUGCUAUCAACACCUUUGCUGUCGCCAGCCAGGCAGAUUGCUUCGCUGCAUGUGGCGGUAACAAGCAGGUCUCGAUGCGUGUCAGCGGCAUGACUGAGCAGUGUGGCUUGCUCGGUGGUCUCGUCGGCGCCCUCUUCGGCGGCCGCAGCGGCGGUACCUGGCAGUGCUCUUGCUCGAACACUGCUCCUACUGGCCAGAUGGUCAACUGCAACUCGAUCACCUCGGAGAGCGGCACCUGUCUUCUCGGCGGAAAGACUAGGAACUUUGCCUGGAACGUCUACAACCGUGACGUUACUCCCAGCGGUCUCCGUCGCCGCCGCGAGUUCCGGCCCCGCGUCGCUUCCGAGACCUACUGCCCUCUUCCCAAGCUCGCUUGCCACGUCCCCGGCACCGGCAGCUUCGAGUGCCUCGACACUGCCACUGAGCUUGAGGCCUGUGGUGGCUGCCCCAGCGGCAACUUUAUCGACGGCGUCGUCUCGGGUACCGACUGCACCUCCCUCCCAGGCGUCGCCAUGAACCGCAUCUCUUGCAUCAGCGGCCAGUGUGUUGCCUCGGCUUGCCACAGCAACUACGACCUCAUUAACGGCGAGUGCGUCUUCAGGAUCCGCAAGUAG